GCUUGCGCAUGCGCACGCUGGGCCCUUCCCUCAGCUGUGCGGGAAGGGCUGAGGCUAACAUCCCGGGCUCGGGGGAGCCUGUUGAGGUGAUGGGCACCCACUGACAGCGCCCUCCGAGGGGCGAAGGGGGCGAGGCUGCUCCGCUGCAUCCUCCCCAGGGCCUGAGGCCAGUGGGCCUGGCCCUCGGCUUUCCCGCUUGGUGCUGCCGCCGCCGCUGCCGGCCAAGGAGGGGCGAUGAGCUGGUUCAACGCCUCCCAGCUCUCCAGCUUCGCCAAGCAGGCCCUGUCCCAGGCCCAGAAAUCCAUCGACAGGGUCCUGGACAUUCAAGAAGAGGAACCGGGCGUCUGGGCCGAGACCAUUCCCUACGGAGAGCCGGGAAUCAGCCCUUCUGUCAGUGGAGGAUGGGACACUUCAAACUGGGGCUUGAAAUCAAACACCGAACCUCAGAGUCCACCGACAGCCUCUCCCAAAGCAAUUACAAAGCCGGUUCGGAGGACUGUGGUUGAUGAAUCUGAAAAUUUCUUCAGUGCCUUUCUUUCUCCAACGGAUGUGCAGACCAUUCAGAAGAGUCCAGUGGUAUCCAAACCUCCAGCUAAAUCACAACGACCAGAAGAAGAAGUGAAAAGCACCUUGCAUGAAUCCUUGCACGCUGGACAGUCGAGAACUACUGACACAGCAGAAGCAGAUGUGAAAGACUCUUCUUCGUGUGUGUUAGGGGAGACUGAGACAGUAGAUAUCCCAUCACCUAAACCUGCAGGCCAGCAUGAAGACACUGUUAAUAAGGAAUCUGAGGGGAAGGCCCCAACUGUUCAUCUGAAAGUAUCUGAAAGUGUAAUUAAUGUGAAAACAACUACGGAAAGUGUGCCUAAUCUGUCUACCCAGUCUCUCACAGCAGAAACAAAGGACGUGGCCUUGGAACCUAAGGAGCAAAAACACGAAGACCGACAGAGCAAUACCCCUUCUCCUCCUAUCAGUACUUUCUCAUCAGGUACUUCUACCACCAGCGAUAUUGAAGUUUUAGAUCAUGAAAGUGUAAUAAGUGAGAGCUCAGCAAGUUCGAGACAGGAGACAACAGAUUCAAAAUCAAGUCUUCACUUGAUGCAGACGUCUUUUCAGCUUCUCUCUGCAUCUGCUUGCCCUGAGUAUAAUCGUUUAGAUGAUUUCCAAAAACUCACUGAGAGCUGCUGCUCAUCUGAUGCUUUUGAAAGAAUAGACUCAUUUAGUGUACAGUCAUUAGAUAGCCGGAGUGUAAGCGAGAUUAAUUCAGAUGAUGAGUUAUCAGGCAAGGGAUAUGCUUUAGUGCCUAUUAUAGUGAGUCCGUCAACUCCGAAGACUAAAAAAGUUGAGUUUGUUGAAGGAAAAUCUGAAGACGAAGUAAAUGAAACGUUAAUUAUACCCACCGAGGAAGCAGAAAUGGAAGAAAGUGGGCGAAGUGCAACUCCUGUUAACUGUGAUCAGCCCGAUAUCUUGGUUUCUUCUACACCUGUAAAUGAAGAACAUACUGUCUUAGCCAAGGUGCUUGAACAGAGUGAAGCUGCUGAAAGUCAGCCGGAAGCUCUUUCUGAGUUGGAAGAUAUUAGCAAGACAGUUGAAUUUCUGAAUGAGAAACUGGAAAAAAGGGAGGCUCAAUUAUUAACUCUUAGUAAAGAAAAAGCACUAUUGGAAGAAGCUUAUGAUAACCUGAAAGAUGAAAUGUUCCGAGUGAAAGAAGAAAGUAGUAGUAUUGCUUCCUUGAAGGAUGAGUUCACUCAAAGAAUUGCAGAAGCAGAAAAGAAAGUUCAACUAGCAUGCAAAGAAAGAGAUGCUGCUAAAAAGGAAAUCAAAAAUAUGAAAGAAGAACUUGCCACUAGAUUAAAUAGUAGUGAAACAGCCGACCUUUUGAAAGAAAAAGAUGAGCAGAUUCGAGGGUUAAUGGAAGAAGGAGAAAAACUAUCAAAACAGCAGCUGCAUAAUUCUAACAUCAUUAAGAAAUUAAGAGCUAAAGACAAAGAAAAUGAAAAUACUAUUGCAAAGCUGAACAAAAAGGUUAAAGAGCUAGAAGAGGAGUUGCAACAUUUAAAACAGGUCCUAGAUGGCAAAGAAGAUGUUGAGAGACAACAUAGAGAAAAUAUUAAAAAACUAAAUACUGUGGUAGAACGCCAGGAGAAGGAUCUUGGCCGACUUAAAGUAGACAUGGAUGAACUUGAAGAAAAGAACCGAAGUAUUCAGGCUGCCCUGGACAGUGCAUACAAAGAACUUACUGAUCUUCACAAAGCUAAUGCUGCAAAGGAUAGUGAGGCACAGGAAGCUGCCCUGAGCCGUGAGAUGAAAGCUAAAGAAGAACUUUCUUCAGCGCUAGAGAAAAUCCAAGAAGAAGCCCGUCAGCAGCAAGAAACAUUAGCGAUUCAAGUGGGGGACCUUAGGCUGGCACUGCAACGUGCAGAACAGGCUGCUGCCAGAAAAGAAGAUUAUUUACGCCAUGAGAUCAGUGAACUUCAGCAGAGACUCCAAGAAGCAGAAAAUCGAAACCAAGAGCUGAGUCAAAGUGUUUCAUCAACAACAAGACCAUUGCUUCGACAAAUAGAAAAUUUGCAAGCAACUCUAGGGUCCCAGACAUCAUCGUGGGAGAAGUUAGAGAAGAAUCUUUCUGAUAGACUUGGUGAAUCCCAGACCUUGCUGGCAGCAGCAGUUGAAAGAGAGCGAGCAGCUACAGAAGAACUCCUUGCCAACAAAACUCAGAUGUCUUCUGUGGAGUCCCAGAACUCUCUCUUGAGACAAGAAAACAGUAGAUUUCAGGCUCAACUAGAAUCAGAGAAAAAUAAACUAAGAAAGUUGGAGGAUGAAAAUAACCGGUACCAGGUUGAAUUAGAAAACCUAAAAGACGAAUAUGUAAGAACACUUGAAGAGACAAGGAAAGAGAAGACACUACUGAGUAGUCAGUUAGAAAUGGAAAAAAUGAAAGUUGAACAAGAAAGGAAGAAAGCCAUUUUCACUCAAGAAGUAAUAAAAGAAAAGGAACGCAAGCCGUUUUCUGUGUCUAGCACUCCCACCAUGUCACGGUCAAGUUCUAUAAGUGGAGUUGAUAUGGCAGGGCUACAGACAUCUUUUCUUUCUCAGGAUGAGUCUCAUGAUCACUCGUUUGGACCAAUGUCUGCAUCAGCAAAUGGAAGUAAUCUUUAUGAUGCUGUAAGGAUGGGAGCAGGAUCAAGCAUUAUUGAAAAUCUACAGUCUCAGUUAAAGCUAAGAGAAGGAGAAAUUACUCACUUACAGCUAGAAAUUGGUAAUCUAGAAAAAACUCGAUCAAUAAUGGCUGAAGAGCUAGUUAAAUUAACAAAUCAAAAUGAUGAACUUGAAGAGAAAGUGAAGGAGAUACCCAAACUUCGAACUCAGCUAAGAGAUUUGGAUCAAAGAUACAACACUAUCCUGCAGAUGUAUGGAGAAAAAGCAGAAGAGGCAGAAGAACUUCGAUUAGAUCUUGAAGAUGUAAAAAAUAUGUAUAAGACUCAAAUUGAUGAACUUUUAAGACAAAGGCUCAGUUAACUUCUAAAAAUUCCAUUCUUAUCAAACUGAAUGUAAACAUUUAAUAUCUAAAUGCAGACUUCCAAUAAAUUCUUUUAUAGAAUUAGAAAAUGGAAUUUACUGUAGAAUACAGAAGUUUAAAAGAAUUUUUGCAGUAUGUAGUAAUAUUUGCAGUUAAAUUAUUUUGUGCAAUAUUUGAACUUUAUUUUUGAAACUAUCCUUUAAAGAUUUAUUUUUUAAAGCAUCUGAUUUUUUCUUUUUGCCUUAAAUAGCACAGAGAUUUAUUACUUUAUCCUCAUAUCAGUAUGGCUGGGGAAGCAGAGUGGUGUUCAUGUAUGUAUUGUAGAUAAAUAACUAAUUGUAACUAUAAUUUGUGUUUGUAUAUAUUGAUAACAUUUAAAGAAUAGUAUUAACAUACUGAAACUUUUAAAUCUUCCAUACAAAUCUUCAACAUGAUUGCUACUUAUGAAAACAUAUGUUAAGUGUUCAAGUAGAGAAGUUAUUAAACCUGUGGUUAUUAAAUUUUAUACUAAUUAUUUUCCUUUAAAGUAGAAGUCAUACUGACACUGAAAUUUAAAGAAUAAUUAAAAAGAGUUUGGUAUAAAAUUUUAUUUCACCCAGCUUCCAAAACUUAUUCUACAGAUUUUGCUACUUUUAGAUACUUGUCUGGAGAAAGCUCUACUAAGUUAUCAAGGCGUAAGUAGAUGGUAGAAAAAAUUUACUUACACUGUGUUUAUGAUGGCAUUAGUAACACUUAAAUGAUUUUGAAGAGGUGUUGUUUUACUACCCUAUACAAUGAGUCAAAAAUAAUAACAUUAUUAACGUGGUUUACUCUUUGAAAAUUACUUGUUUGCAUUUGUAAAUCUUUGAGCACGUUAAAAAUGAAUGUUUGAUAUUACAGAAUAUCUAUAACAAAAUAGAAAGAUUGUAGGAAUUUGUUUAAAUUUGAUAUUUUACAAUUCUGUGUACUUCAUCAUUUAAUUUUUUUUCCUUGAAGCUUUAAACACAAAAAUAAUGUGGAAUAGCUUUAGAAAAUAGCUAUGCCUUCUUCCAAACGUUAUUUUGUUCAUAAGUUAACCAGGCUGUGUUUUAGACCUGUGAAGUAUUUUGAUACAUUUUAUUACUGAAUGACAUUUAACUGCCUUUGUUUGCAAAUAAAACUGUCAUUUAAUUUUUAAAUAGUAGUGCUUUAGAGGAUAAAAGUAAGCCAUCUUAAAGAAUUUGGAGAGAUUUUCAGGGCAAUUCAAGUGACCUCAUUUUUGUUCUUUUUAUAUUCCAGACAGUCUUUCUGUCAUUGGAGCUCUGAUUUGUAGCAUUAAUAAAUAUUCUUUCAAUGUGAGCCAAAUUCAUAAAAUUAAUUUUCUGUAUUUUAGUGGUGAAAGGCAGUUUAAUAGCUUUUUGUCAGCUUGACUUCUUUUUAAUCUUCUAGAGAAGAAUGACAAGACUGAUAGCAAUAAGAAAUGUACAGAAUAUAGAAAAUAUAGGAAACUAAAGUUGCAAAAUUCUGCCAAGCAUUUCAAAGUAGGAGUUUAGGAAUUAAGAAAUGGUCCUUUAAAAAUAUCCAUUAAUUAAAAAGUAAAAAGACCUAAAACUUUCAGUUGCAGAAAAAAGACUGAAAUAAAACUUUAUUGUACCUUUCAAUUUCAUGAUAUUAAACAUUCUUUGUUAAUUCUUAUUAAUCUUGAUUGAUAGAUCAAUUCACGUAAAAGUUUAAAGUGUUUUCAACGUAUUUGAAAGAACAAACAGCUAUUAAGUCUCUGGUUGUGUUUACCAUAUAUAUAUGUGUGUGUGUGUGUAUAUAUAUGUAUAUAUAUAUGUUGUAUUUAUAUAUAUAUAUAUAUACACAUAAAGAUUUAUUUUAUUUAUUUGAAAGAGUUACAGAGAGAGAGAAUGAGAAGCAGAGAUCUUUCAUGCACUGGUUUGUUCUCCAAAUAGCCACAGCAGCUUAGGCUAGGCCAGACCAAAGCCAGGAGCCAGGAGCUUCUUCCAGGACUCCCAUGUGGGUGCAGGGGCCCAAGCACUUAGGCCAUCUUCUGCUGCUUUCCCAGGCACAUUAUCAGGGAACUGGAUUGGAAGUGGAGCAGCUGGGACUUGAACUGGAGCCUAUAUGGAAUGCCUGCAUUGCAGGCAUCAGCUUUAUCCACCAUGCCAAAAUGCUGGCCCCUACCACGUACUACUCUUGUAUCCAUAAACUAAGAGCUGAUAUUCAUACUGAUCUAGUGUUGAUUUAUUAUACUCUUAAAUCUCUCAAUUUUUUUUAAAGAUUUAUUUAUUUAUUUAAAAGGCAGAGUUACAGAGAGGCAGAGGCAGACAGAGUGGGGGGAAGGGUCUUCCAUCUGCUGGUUCACUCCCCAGAUGGCCACAACGGCCAGAGCUGCGCCAAUCCGAAGACAGGAGCCAGGAGCUUCCUCUGGGUCUCCCACGUGGGUGCAGGGGCCCAAGGAUUUGGGCCAUUUUUGACAGCUUUCCCAGGGCAUAGCAGAGAGCAGGAUUGGACGUGGAGCAGCUGAGUCUCAAACUGGCACCCAUAUGGGAUGCUGGCACUGCAGAUGGCAGCUUUACCCGCUAUGCCACAGUACUGGCUGUCAAUUCAUUUUUAAGUUGAGAAGUUGUACUGAAUGAGUUUCUUGAAAACCUCCAGUAAAUGGCAUGCUAUCUAUUGAAUAUUGGUUGCUGUAUUUUGCUGUUUGUCAUUUAAACUUCUUUAUCCAUAAAGUAUAUUCAUAGCCUAAUGGGUAAGAAAAUAGCUUGCAAUUAAAUAUUCCCAUUUUUAAAGAAAGUGAAAAGAUAAUACUUAUGAUAAAAAGUAGAAUGAAAGAGGUGUGAACUUUGUUGUUUGGUGAAACUCAUAAAAAGACAGGUAUAGAAUACAGGACGCUUCUAACUCAUAGGAGGUAAAUUGAGACCACCAUUUCUUACCUUUCCUUUGCCUUUUUUUGAGAACCUCCAGUUGUAUAAGGUUUAGCAUGUAGAAUGUACCAAAUAUUUCUACAUUGUGAUUUAAGAUAUUCUAAACAUGACCUAGGGAAACAUGAGUUUUUACAGUCAAGUAAAUGGAAAGAAUGUUCAGGGAAUUUUUUUUUUUUCUCAUGACUUCUCAAUUGGCAUUUUGAUUUAUUGAAAUUUUAUUUGAACAUAUAUUAAGGGCAUUAUAGAAUAGCCACAAGAAAUAAGAGAAAAUGAUGGAGAUGUUGUAUUUAGUGUACUGCUGUUUAGUGUGUAUAUAUGUAUGUUCUAGUGUUUCAUAAUUUUUCAUUUCAGUCAAAGAAAAUGUUAAUCUGAUUUUCCCUAUUCUAGGUCAGUUUUAAACUAAAAAGACUUUAAUAACAUUUUGUAAAGGGCUAAAAGUGAUUAAGCUACAGAUUGAUAUAUUAUUUUAAUUCUAAGUGAAAAAUAAUGUAAAUAAUAAACAUGGAUCUGAUUUGAAUAAAGAUUUUAAAAUAGUAAUAAUGUAUUUCAUUUUUAACUGUUUGGAGUGGCCAGUAGCAAUGAAUGAAGAUAGUGUUGUUUAUGAAGAUAAUAUGGCU